GCCUGUUUGAAGCGUUUGAAGUUUGUGUCUAGCUAAUUCGCACAGAAGUGCACUAAGGCUGCCCCCCGGAGCCUGUGAAACAUUUCUUGCGAGCAUCGUUUAGUUUUGUGUCUUUGUUUCGUAUAAGCCCAUAGUAUUGAGUCUUUUCGGCGCUUUGGUUAGCUUUCCGGUGCCGUCAAAUGACAUUCUGAUGUCAACACAGCUCUUUGUUUACAAGAUCCUUUUCUAAUUUGACCGUCGCCAAAUUAGUUCACUCUUAAAGUUUCGCCGUGCCUCUGCCGUUGUAGGACGAAAUGUCAUUCCCUCGAGAUAUUUCAUGGAGCCUGCCCUUCUUGGUACUCGUGCUUGUUACAUGGCAACCUCCGGUAACCUCCUUGAAGCACAAAAACAUGAUUUGUGACAAAAUUUCUGAGUGCGUCUGUAGAUUUCCUACUGGACACAGCAUUAACUUAACAAAUCUUGCUUCAACAACAUUAAAUUUUAAUGAUACAAAGGAUGGCCUGGUUUACUACCUUAAUCCCUGCGGACAAGCUCACACACCUUGUUCUAAUGGAUCGUCGCUAUGUGUGCUGGAAGAGAAAACCAAUCACACAACAGAUCUAGGUCCGAUGAAUGCAUCAGUGUUUUCUACUCAAGGAAUGUUCAGCCCAGUUUACCUCUCUUAUGAGAUUAGUGACCUGACAACUGAAAUUAAAUUAGUGUGCUCAGAUAAACCUGAAUCAAUUCUACUUCUGGACACUGACAUCGAUGAUCUUGAACCUAGUGCUGAACCUAAGAAAUAUUUGCUUUUGCAGUCUCCUGAAGCUUGUUUGAAGGAUGCUGACGCCUUUUCUGAUAACAGUGCAAGCAAUGGCCUAUCCUCUGGAGCUAUAUUUUUUAUAGUUUUGAUAGUGUUGUGGUGCUCGUACAUUCUUGUGGGUGCUGUGGCAAAUCAUUUUCUUCGGGGGGCCACAGGCUGGGAAAUGAUACCUCAUUAUCAGUUUUGGAAAAAUGUUCCCACUUUGUUUAUGGAUGGAUUUAAAUUUGUUGCUAAUGGCUGUAAACCACCACCAAGCUAUGAGCAAAUUUGAAGAGAUAUAAGAUGACAUGAUGUGAUAUGCCGAAGUAACAUUGUUUUUUCUUCUUUUUUCUGUCUCGGUGACUAAGAAUAUUUUAUCAAUUUGUUACUAGAAAAGAUCUGUUUUAGAGUAAGAUUUUUUUAAUCUAUUCUGGCUUGUGUAUGCCUGCCUGAAAUUUGUAUAAAUAGAGGCUAAUUUCUUAAAACUAUUUCAAACUAUGUGAUGUCUUGGAUUACUGACUUUUGAUCAACUAUGUUCAAUGGGACCUGAUUGAGAAUGGGAAACCAUUUAUUCAUGCUAUUUUCUGGUUCUUUGUGUCUUAGUUGUUAAACAUUUGGAGCAGUUGAUAAUGCUACAAGUUUGUUGAAGCAGCAUGAUAAUGAAAGCAAAUUCAGAUUUCUAGUCAUGUGCUGAGAAUUAAACCUCGUCAAUUUAUGUAAAAACUUUCGUGAGACUGUUAUAUUUGUGAUUCACACAUCUCUUUAUAUUAUAUGUUAAGAUUUGCAACCCAGUGAAUAAAAUUCCUAUCAAACACC